AUGUUUUUCCAGAAUGCACAGGGGAAAUGGCUUCAAUACAGAAUUACUGCAGCAUGCGGUGCCGGCUUCCUCCUCUUUGGUUAUGAUCAGGGAGUCUUUGGCGGGCUUUUGGACAACAAGCCGUUUCUCGAGACAUUUGGAAACCCAAGCGUGACCAUUCAAGGUCAAAUCGUUGCGACUUAUGAUAUUGGCUGUAUAAUAGGCACUUUGGUGACAAUGUACGCUGGAGACAAACUUGGUCGAAGACGGACAAUUUUGAUCGGGUGCUGCAUCCUCAUCGUCGGCGCGAUUCUCCAAACUGCAUCCUAUUCCCUCGCGCAGAUGAUUGUCGGUCGUGUUGUUGCAGGCGUGGGAAAUGGAAUGAACACAAUUGCAAUUCCUAUCUGGCAAUCGGAAACUGCACGUGCAAAGCAUCGUGGGAAACUCAUCGUUGCUCAGUUGGUAACGAAUAUUUUCGGAAUCGUCAUCACAAAUUGGAUGAACUAUGGAUUCACUUUUAUUCCUCACUCUCCAGUGAGCUGGCGAUUUCCUCUUGGCUUCCAGUGUUUCUUUGCCCUCGUCACCAUUGCCUUCGUUCUUGUCGCCCCAGAGUCACCGCGUUGGCUUGUUAUGAAACACCGUGCCAAUGAAGCCCGUGAAAUCCUAGCACGACUCCUUGCAAAGUCAACCGAUGACCAGGAAGUGGUGGACGAGAUACAAAGUCUAGAGAUUUCUGUGAACCAUGAAUCCGAAGUCCAACAAUCGAAGCCUUUACAGGCAAUCUUCAAGCGUAAGAGCAAGCAACAGACAUUGCGCAGAAUUCUUCUUGGAGCUGGUACUGCCUUCUUUCAGCAAGUUGGCGGAACAAACGUUAUCGCAUAUUAUCUACCAGUGGUUCUGACUCGAUCAGUUGGGUUGGACAACAGAAUGGCCCUGAUAUUGUCAGCCGUUGACUCUAUUUCGCUGAUGUUUUGGGGCUGUGUUGCAGCUAUGCUCAUCGAUCGCAUUGGCCGAAAGAGAUUGAUGCUCUUUGGCGCCGCUGGAAGCAGCGUCUGCUUUGCACUUGUUGCCGUUGGACUGCGGUAUGGUGGACCCGACAACAAGGGCAUGUCUGUUCUAGCUGUGGUGUUCAUCUUCGUCUACUACAUCUUCUACGGCACGUCACUCUUAUCGAUUCCGUAUAUCUACCCGGCAGAGAUAAACUCCCAGCAAAUGCGCAAUAUUGGUACUUCAUUUGCUACCACUACGAAUUGGUUGUUCGUUUAUGUUAUCGUUGUUGCUACUCCAACGGCCAUCGCAAGCAUUCAGUGGAAGUAUUACAUGCUUUUUGCCAUUUUCAACUUCAGUUUCCUGCCAAUUAUCUGGUACUUCUAUGUUGAGACUGCGAACUUGUCUCUUGAGCAGAUUGACAGACUCUUUGAAAUCAAACAUGAGGCUGGGAAUGCAAUUAGUUGGACGGAGGCAACCAUGAUAGCCCGUACGGAGGUUAUUUCUGAUUUGGCACACACUGGGAAGGAAAAUCUUGACACUGAGCACUGUGAGAUUGCGGCUUGA